UUCCCUCCCCUGAAUGUUAAAUUGAUCAAGAGUCAUUUAAGCCUUACUGCAUCUAAAGCUCAUUUACUACCCCUUUUUUUCUGUCGUGGAAAAUUAGACAGCCAAAUUAUUGAAGACUUGAAACACUUGGCAGUUGACUUAGACUUUGGAAGAUAGGCAGCAUGUUAUUUACUAGGAAACAACACAACUUCCUUCAUCACUCCAUCAUCCUGUUUAGAAAACUAAACUGAUCAAAUCAUAUACACCGUUCUAUUCGAUUACUUAGCUCUUGAAACAUGUUAAUAUGUAAAGGAAGAAUGAACUCCUUCAUAUUAGUCCAUCUGUUAAUCCUGCUGAGCUAUAGCAUAACUUUGAGUCUGGCGAUAUCUCUGUCGAUGCCUAAUUGUCAAGAAAAGUGUGGAAAUGUCACCAUUCCCUUUCCAUUUGGGAUUGGUUCCAAGUGUAGUGCAAAUUCCUCAUUCGUUGUUAUCUGCCAAAAUUCCACAACACCAUUCUUGAGCAGCAUCAGCAUGGAAGUAGUUAAGAUUUCCAUCAGAGGUACAGUCAUAGUAAAGCCGGUGUUGUCACCUAUGACUUGCUCUGCGAAUCUGAGUACAGGCCAUCUCUUGACAUCCCUCAACAGAAGUCCGUUUACAAUCUCAGCACGCUACAACACGUUAGCUGUGUUAGGCUGCAAGAAUUCGGUCUGGUUGCAGGCUAAUGAAACGACUACUAUAGGAGGAUGUACAUCCAUGUGUGCUGCUAACUCCAAAGAAACUAGCUGCAACGGCGUUAACUGCUGCCAAACAACACUUCCACCACGACUCAAGGAGCUCGAGUACAAGUACAGAACAACUGAAGCUAUCAGUGAUAAUAGCUCUUGUGGAUUUGUUCUUCCUGUUGAGAAGAUAUGGUUAACAAAUCAUUACAAAAGUUUCAAAGCAUUAAACCGAGGAUUGGUAUUCGCUCCUCUGGUACUUGAGUGGGAAUUUGGUGAACUGAAAGGUUAUACUAACCGAAUUUGCACAUAUUCAGAUGAUUAUUGUCUCUCAUAUCCUAAUGAUUUUGGACGCAGAUAUUCAAAAAAUGAAUCUUCCUAUUGUAGGAACAAACAUUAUAACGAUCUUUGUAGCAUAUAUCCUUCUCGUUAUAACUGCCAAUCAUACUCUGAUCGUUCUUCAUAUAGAUUCGAUUCAUAUUAUGAGGGAUCAUCGUCAUUUUAUUAUGAUGGAGCUGAUUAUGCAUCUUCAACCAAAUACUGCCAUUGCCCUGAUGGGUAUGAAGGUAACCCAUAUCUACCAGAGAAAUGCAUUGAUGUAAAUGAAUGCGGGAAUGCAACGCAUAAUCCCUGUAAACCAUGGUCUUGUACCAAUGUAAUUGGGGAUUAUACAUGUAUUGAUCACACUGCCAAAUAUAAAGCUCAUUUGAGAACAGCGUUUAUCAGCGUUGGCAGUAGUCUCGGCGCUCUGAUACUACUCCUUGUAGCGUGGAGGUCGACCAAAUUCAUCAGAAAAAGAAUCAAGGCGAACCGGAGACACAAGUUUUUCAAGCGAAACGGUGGGCUGUUGCUGGAACAACAGCUCUCAGCAACUGAUAAUGGCCUUGACAAGACCAGGUUGUAUAGUUCUAAAGAGUUGACAUUGGCAACUGACCACUACAAUGAGAACCGCAUACUCGGUCGUGGUGGGCAAGGCACUGUCUACAAAGGCAUGUUGAAGGAUGGUAAGAUUGUGGCAGUCAAGAAAUCGCAGAAGUUAGAGGAAGGUGACCUUGAAGUCUUCAUAAAUGAAGUGGUUAUACUGUCACAAGUCAACCACAGGAAUGUGGUUAAGCUACUAGGAUGUUGUCUCGAGACUGAAGUUCCUCUUCUCGUCUACGAGUUCAUCCCAAAUGGAACCCUUUUCCAACAAAUUCAUGAGCCAAGUGAAGAAUUCCCGUUGACAUGGGAAAUGAGAAUGAGAAUUGCAAGAGAAGUGGCAGGUUCACUUGCUUACUUGCACUCUUCAGCAUCUGCGCCUAUCUAUCACCGCGAUAUCAAGUCAACAAACAUACUCUUGGAUGACAAAUACCGCGCCAAGAUCUCAGAUUUUGGGACAUCAAGGUCAGUAGCUCUUGACCAGACUCACUGCACCACCCGAGUUCUAGGAACCUUCGGCUACUUGGAUCCAGAGUACUUCCAGUCAAACCAAUUCACAGAGAAGAGCGACGUCUACAGCUUUGGUGUGGUUAUGGUUGAGCUUCUGACCGGUGAGAAAGCAAUAUCAUCCAUCAGAGCUGAAGCAGGGAGGAGUUUAGCCACACAUUUCUUGCACUCGAUGGAGGAAAACGUAUUAUUUGAAAUACUUGAUGCAAGGGUCCUCAGAGAAGGCAAGAGGGAUGAAGUCAUGGCUGUAGCUCAGCUUGCUAGAAGAUGUCUGCAUUUGAAUGGGAAGAGAAGGCCAACAAUGAAGGAAGUUUCAGUGGAGUUGGAAGCUAUCAAAAAGGUCGAAGAAUGCUCGUAUGUCGAAGAUAGAGAUGGUGGCAGCACAGGGUUUCAUUCUCUUUCUAUAGAGGUUGCUGAUUCUAUCAGCUUCACUUCCAUCCCCCCGUUUCCGCCAGAAGCUGAGUAUCCAUUGCUUGGUGAGUAAAUAGAUGGUCUACUUUCUUUAUUUGCUUUGCUUGCAAUAAGUUUCUUAUAACAUCAUUUUCUGUUGUCAUUCAAGAGUUUGUAUUGAUCUUAGAUUGUUGCUAAACAUUAUGUUAUGUAUUCAGUAUGUGUGCUACAAUGCUUUGAUUGUUUGUUGAUGACAUGUGUAGAUAAUAAGUGUUUGGUAAGUUUAUCCCA